UUCAAGGAAGAGUGAUCCACUGCAAACUUUUUUUUACUGUCACUGAGAGUCCCUUCAUUGGCCGUCUGGCACAUCAUAGUAUAUUUUCUAUUACGCUCAUCUUACCUUGGUCUCACCAUGAGAUCUCAGCAUAGAGUUCUGGUUUUCCUAGUGUUGGCAACAUGCACGGUAGGAGGAUGGUGCAUUCCCCUGAAGAAGACCGUGUCUGUCACCUUCCCUGGAGAUGUCCUCAAGAACAUGACGGAUAUGGAGCUGGCAGACAGCUACCUGAAGAGGUUUGGCUACAUGAACGUCCAGCACCGCAGCGGUUUCCAGUCCAUGGUGUCCAGCACCAAGGCCCUGAUGAGGAUGCAGAGGCAGAUGGGACUGGAGGAGACAGGGACGCUGGACAAGUCUACGGUAGCAGCCAUGAAGGCACCUCGCUGCGGGGUCCCUGACGUACGCUCCUACCAGACCUUCGAGGGGGACCUGAAAUGGGACCAUCAUGAUGUUACAUACAGGAUCCUAAACUACUCUCCAGACAUGGAAGCCUCUCUGAUAGACGAUGCCUUCGCCAGAGCCUUCAAGGUGUGGAGUGAUGUCACCCCUCUCACCUUCACGCGACUCUUUGACGGCACCGCCGACAUCAUGGUGUCAUUUGGAAAAGCAGACCAUGGAGAUGGCUACCCUUUCGAUGGUAAGGACGGCCUUCUGGCCCACGCCUUCCCCCCUGGUGAGGGCAUACAGGGAGACGCUCACUUUGACGACGACGAAAACUGGACCCUCGGCAAAGGACCAGCUGUGAAGACUAGCUAUGGCAACGCAGAGGGUGCUAUGUGUCACUUCCCUUUCUCCUUCGAGGGCAAGCAGUACUCCACCUGCACCACAGAGGGGCGCUCUGACAACCUGCCCUGGUGUGCCACCACAGCCGACUACGGCAGAGACAAGAAAUUUGGCUUCUGUCCAAGUGAACUUCUCUACACAUUCGACGGAAACAGCAAUGGCAAAGAAUGUGUGUUCCCCUUCGUGUUCCUGGGGGAGACAUAUGAAGGUUGCACCACGGAGGGUCGCAGUGAUGGAUACCGCUGGUGUUCCACCACAGACAACUUUGACAAUGAUAAGAAAUAUGGCUUCUGUCCCAACAGAGAUACGGCUGUGAUUGGUGGAAACUCUGAGGGAGAGCUGUGCCAGUUCCCCUUUGUCUUCCUGGGGAAGAAGUAUGACUCAUGCACCAGCGAGGGACGGGGAGACGGCAAGCUGUGGUGCGCCACCACCAGCGACUACGACGCAGACAAGAAAUGGGGCUUCUGCCAAGAUAGGGGCUACAGUCUGUUCUUGGUUGCGGCCCAUGAGUUUGGUCACGCCCUGGGUCUGGACCACUCCAACAUCAGAGAUGCCCUCAUGUAUCCCAUGUACAGCUACGUUGAAGACUUCUCCCUGCAUGAAGAUGAUGUUGAAGGAAUUCAGUAUCUCUAUGGAUCCAAGACAGGCCCUGACCCCACACCCCCUGGGCCCACCGCCCCUGCACCUGGCCCAAGCGAUGAGCCUGAGCUCAACACCCCCACUACCACCACUACCAAACCCACCACCACCACCACACACCCUGUGGACCCAUCACAGGACCCCUGCCAGAUCAACAAGUUCGACACCAUCACAGAGAUCGAUGGAGAUCUGCACUUCUUCAAGGAUGGGCAAUAUUGGAGGCUGUCGAGCAAGACUGACGGUGGACUGAAGGGUCCGUUUUCCAUGUCUGAGAGGUGGCCGGCUCUGCCAGCCGUCAUUGACACGGCCUUCGAGGACCUUGUGACAAAGAAAAUCUACUUCUUCUCAGGCACUAGGUUCUGGGUGUACACAGGGCAGAGUCUCCUGGGACCCCGCAGCAUUGAGAAGCUGGGUCUGCCCUCUACCGUAGAGAAGGUGGAGGGAGCACUGCAGAGAGGGAAAGGCAAGGUGCUGCUCUUCAGCGGAGAGAACUACUGGAGGCUGGAUGUGAAGAACCAGAAAAUCGACAAGGGAUACCCCCAGUUCACAGACCUUGCCUUCGGGGGUGUUCCCAAUGAUGCACAUGAUGUCUUCCACUUCAAGGGCCACAUCUACUUCUGUCGGGAUCGUUUCUACUGGCGAAUGAACUCUAGGAGACAGGUGGACCGUGUGGGAUACGUGAAGUACGACAUCCUGAAGUGUUCCGACUCCUCUAACUACCGCUACUGAGCUGCUUUACCCAUAGAAAUUGACAUACUAGAAUGACUACACCUGUUCAAGUCAGUAUUCCGUGACGGUCCAAGGGGUUAUCUCCGUUCUAGUAUAUCUAUUUCUUUGGCACUGUUUCUGGGCUAAAUAUUUUAAGAACCCUUCCAACAGGAUGUUUGUUCUUAGCCUGGGUCCCAGAUCUGUUUGUGCUGUCUUGCCAAUUUACUGUUAUUCCAUUCUCUGUUUCUCCUGAGGCUAUAAAGGGGGAUCUCUGAUGUGAGAAUUAUGCAGAUGAGUGCUUGUGGUACUGUUUGUGUAUGCGGUGGCGUUUGUAAAGUUGAAACGGCGCCCCUGUUUGUGUGCUUUGUAAGAUGGUGAAAUAUUUGCCACCCUCCCAUGAUGUUCCAACUCACAGUUGAAUCAGGUCAAACUAAAUGAUACACAUGUAUGGGCACUUUCCUUCUAACUGUGUGAGUAAACGGGUUCUUGUCCUCUAGUCUAGACUAGGGUCCAGAGACACAUAACCACAGCCCUGAAAUAACGAUUUCAGCACCAGCAGAUCCGGUUCACAAUUGUUGGUGCUUUAACAUAUCUGCCUGGUGCAGAUAUUUUUGAUGAGCCAUGAAUUGAUAUGUAUAUUACCCUCUGGUUUUAUUUUUGUGUUCAACAAUGCAAUGUUGGUUUAUUUGGUGUUAUUUUAUAUUUCUGAACUGGCUCAAAAGCCAUGUAUUUUGCACUGGAUGGCACGCCAUGGUGUCUCCAUCACUUUUAAGUUAUUUUGUAAGUAAAUCAAUGUUUUGUAUUAAAACAGAACUGGAAAUUCAAUAAACAAAUAGCACUUCA